UUUAAUUCAAAGUCUUUCUCCUGUGUUUAUUUUUCCAGACCGCCUGCAGAAUUAUGUUGGAAAAGAAGAGGUUUUCUCUGAGCAGCAGUUCUCUGAACAGGAAAGGAAUUCCAGUUUGGACCAAUCAGAACCAGAACUUCUGCAGAUAAAAGAAGAGCAGCAACAGCCAGAACAUCCCUGGAUAAAAGAGGAAACCAUGGCGCUCCACAUAAGUGAGCACGAAGAGCAGUUUGUUGAGACUGGAGAUACAGAAAGGAACCCUUUCCCAUGUUUGACAUGUGGAAAAAGGUUUCUAAAGAAAAAAUAUUUAUUGGUUCACAUGAGAAUUCACACAGGUCGGGAGAUUUACAAAUGUUGGUCUUGUGGAAAAAGGUUUACCAGAAAACAAUAUCUUGAUAAACACAUCAGAAUUCACACAGGUGAGAAAUCUUUCAAAUGUUUGUUCUGUGGAAAAAGCUUUACCAUAAAAGAUUAUCUUGAUCAACACAUUAGAACUCACACAGGUGAAAAACCUUUCCAAUGUUUGUCCUGUGGAAAAAGCUUCGCAAGAAAAGAGAAUCUUAAUAAACACAUCAGAAUUCACACAGGUGAGAAGUCGUUCUCCUGUACUCUUUGUGGCAAAAGUCUAGCUAGCAAACAUAGCCUGACCAUUCACAUGAGAAUUCACACAGGUGAGAAGCCUUUUAAAUGUGAGUCCUGUGAAAAAAGCUUUACCGAGAAAUGCUCUCUUGAUAAACACAUCAGAAUUCACACUGGUGAGAAGUCGUUCUGCUGUACUCUUUGUGGCAAAAGUCUUGCUAGCAAACAAAGCCUGACCAUUCACAUGAGAAUUCACACAGGUGAGAAGCCUUUUAAAUGUGAGUCCUGUGGAAAACGCUUUACCGAAAAAGGCUCUCUUUAUUAUCACAUCAGAAUUCACAAAGGUGAGAAGCCUUUCAAAUGUGAGUCCUGUGGAAAAAGCUUUACCGGUAAAGGUUCUCUUGAUAAACACAUCAGAUUUCACACAGGUGAGAAGCCAUUCUCCUGUACUCUUUGUGGCAAAACUCUUGCUAACAAACAUAACCUGGCUUCUCACAUGAGAAUUCACACAGGUGAGAAGCCAUUUAAAUGUGAGUCCUGUGGAAAAUGCUUUAUCCAAAAAUGUGCUCUUGAUAAACACAUCAGAAUUCACACGGGUGAGAAGCCUUUCAAAUGUGUUUCAUGUGGAAAAAGUUUUACCGAUAAAGGUUAUCUUCAUGUACACAUGAGAAUUCACAGAGGUGAGAAGCCAUUUAAAUGUGUGUGCUGUGGAAAAAGCUUUUGCCAAAAAGGUGAUCUUGAUCAACACAUCAAAAUUCACACAGGUGAGAAGCCUUUCAAAUGUGAGUCCUGUGGAAAAAACUUUAGCCAUAAAGGUUAUCUUAAUAAACACAUCAGAACUCACAUAGCUAAGAGUUUUAAAUGUGAGUCCUGUGGAAAAAGCUUUACCCAAAAAUGUGCUCUGGAUGAACACAUCAGAAUUCACACAGGUGAUAAGCCUUUCAAAUGUGAGUCCUGUGGAAAAAGCUUUACCGAUAAAGGUAUUUUUGAUAGACACAUCAGAUUUCACACAUGUGAGAAGACGGUCUCCUUAUCUGAACAUGAAGAGAGGAUGGAGCACCUGCAGACCUACCAGGACAUAGACAUCCACCCAGACUGA